CGACACCACACGACCACCACCUCAACACGAUCGAAUCCAGCCGUCAAAAUGGUGAACGUUCCCAAGACCCGGAAGACCUUCUGCAAGGGCCGUGACUGCGGCAAGCACACCCUGCACAAGGUCACUCAGUACAAGGCCGGCAAGGCUUCAGCAUUCGCCCAAGGCAAGCGCCGUUACGACCGCAAGCAGUCCGGUUACGGUGGUCAGACCAAGCCCGUUUUCCACAAGAAGGCGAAGACUACCAAGAAGAUUGUGCUCCGGCUGGAAUGCUCGUCCUGCAAGACGAAGAAGCAGCUGCCGCUCAAGCGGUGCAAGCACUUCGAGCUUGGUGGUGACAAGAAGACCAAGGGCGCUGCCCUCGUGUUCUAAGCGACUGGCGCUCGGGGAAUUCGAUGGUGACGAAUUGAGGACAUUGCCCUGGUUUUUCGGAAGCUGGCCUUGCAUGGCCCUUCCCGCCAUGCCAUGGGAACCCAGGAAGCGAUUCGACUUUGGCAUGGGGUA